CUGUCACUUAAAAACUACAAUGCACUUAGAAUUAGCAUGAAAAGAAAACGAAAGCUAAAAACAACGACAAAACAAAAAAUGAUCAUAAUAAAUCCUUUUAUGUGAUUAAGUCACGUAUAUUGUAGUUUAUCAAACAAACUAAACAUUUCAUAACUGCACUUUUAUUUUCAAAAUGAAACAUGAUACCUUCUAAUUUUUCCAUCUAAUUGUUUCCAUUUGUUUGUGUUGUAGUAUUUCAUAAUCAAAAUAGAACAUUAUGAAACAACCACGAUUCUCAAUUCAUGAUGCAUUUGAAGAGGAAAAUGAUGAAGCUAUCCGUGUGUAUGGAGCAACUGUACAGUCAAUAUCGAAUGUACCGAAGCCGUCAAGCAGUGGAACUGGAAAUAGUCCUACAGGAUAUACUAGCAAUAAUACAACAUCAAACGAGUCUUCUCAACGAAUCAGGCAGUGGUACUCCACACAUCCGACAAAGUCUUAUCAACAAUAUCGCGGUGGCAAGCAACUGUCUAUGAAGCAUCAUCAUCAUCCUGAGCUUUUAAACAUGGUCAAUUUUUGUAGAAAUAAUAAGUUCGCUGCAGAAGACACUACUUCUAGAGAUUCAGACUCUUUGAUACAAGAAUAUAUCAAUGUUCCACAAACUGACCUUUAUACGCAUUGCUGGAAUCAUCCAAAAAUUCGAGAAAAUUGGCGAACGGUCUUAGCAGCUGUAACUUUACUUAUUAUCGGUGUUGUGCUAGUUUGCUUGGGCAUAGUUUCAAUUGCAAAUCCAGCCAAUGGCUCACGAGGAUUCGUCUUUCUCUUGGCAGGAUCGAUUUGUUUUAUACCCGGUGCUUACCACGUAGUAUAUAUUUGGCUGGCAGCUAUUGGCUAUCGCGGUUAUAAUUUUUAUCAUCUGCCCCUGUUUACUUAAACAAUUAACCACUUCAAAAAAACCUAUGAUGGAAAGUAGUAUUUUACCACAUUUUGGAGGUAGCAAAUAAGUUUAUAAAUUAUGUAUCUCUUGAUCUUGGCAUUUUUGACAACUUUGGAAAUAUUUGUUUGACUACGAGUACGUACCGAAUAAUUUUGUUUAUUAUUAAUAAAAGAAGAAAUUCAAUUUUAA